UGCAGGUGGCAACAUCUUCGACCGCUGUGCCACCUUUGAGGGCUGGGAAGGCCUUUCCAGUGUGAGUAGCCGCUAUCGGAAUCAUCGGCAUCCACAUAUGGAGGAUGUGAUCUUAGCGGCCAGCGAAACCUUGAAUCGACGCAUCGAGCAAGAACGAGUGAGGCAGAUGUUAUUCUUAGGGCCUCACCAGCACGUGGCGCUCCACUUCAAGGUGGCAGCAGAUGGCGUGCUGAACUUCAUCUUUGCUUCCAUCGUCUCCGAAAAGGACGUGAUCCUCCAGACGAGGUACCAUUUGAUCAUGGCGGAUCCCUGCAUGACAGAGGAACUGAAUGGUGCUGCCCUGUUGCCUGGAGGUACCACGCGGAAGGCGCAGCCUCAUGAGGC